AUGUGGUUUAUGGGAUUUGGACUAGCGGAUUCUGUUGAAGGGUAUUACAUGCUCGCGUCCGACCGGCGCAGCAUUCCACUUUUCGAGCUCAAGCUUCGCUCGAGUCCGAUUAGUUUUCAGCAAGCACGUCUACGCCGGAAACAUGUUUUCAGAAAAGGGAAAGACAAUUCGAAUGUUAUCUCAUCUCACCUUCAAGUCGAAUAUCAGCGAUCGAGCUUCACGGUAACACUCGACGAUACGUAUCGUUCUAUCCCACACGAGGGCCAGAUUGGGAUUAGAAGGUGCCCUGCCAGUGCUCGCGAUCUCGAACGCCCGUACAGUUACUCUGGAGACACCAUGAAUGAGUAA